CCACAUGUCAGAUCUUGGUCGUCCAUCCAUUUAGCCUAAGACUAAUCCCUGCCGUCCAUACCAUCCACCAAGAACCCCUAAUCUAGCGUUCUGUAACCUCUGUUGCAGGAAAACCCUAACGAUCUUCUGGUUCAGUUAUAGCGAUGGCGAAGAACAGAAACAAGAAGAAGCUUAAAAAUGGAUCUACAGCUAUGGACAUCGCCUCCGAUCAGACGGUCGCUGAUCGCGUUCUAGCAAUGGAUACCUCAGAGUCUGCAGCUCCAAACCCAUCUAAAAUCGCUGCCCCCAGCAGGAGUUUGAAAAGGGGUGUACAGAUGAAAAGAUCAAAGAACGUCCGAAAGAUGAAAGCCAUAGCCAAAGCAGUAUGUAAAAGUGAGAAAUCAGUGGAGAAAAUUUUGAAGCACGAAACCAAGAUAUCGAGAACGCAAUCUGCAAAAAAGCUCUACGACUGAGUGACUUACUGCAUCUGUUCAAUAGAAUAGGCUUAGGACCAUAACAUCAUUUUUGUGGUUUUUGUUCCAACUCUGUAGUAAUUUCCCUUACAAGGUUGAUUAUGGACAACAUUUUCAGUAAAACUCAUCUGAGCAGUUUCAAUUCCAAAUAACUGCAUUUGCAGUAACUAUUCAGAAUUGGUUGUGGGGUUCAGCUUAUUCCAUGUAUUUAUAGCAUCACAAAGUAAGAAUUUGUUUCAA